AUUUUGAUCUGUGUCGUACCUGCAUCCAGCUGCCUGAAAGUACUUGAUGAUCACAUGACCCUGGACAUGGAUGCUGUCCUGUCGGAUUUUGUCCGUUCCACAGGAGCAGAGCCAGGGCUGGCCCGAGAUCUCUUGGAAGGAAAGAAUUGGGAUGUGAGUGCUGCCCUCAGUGAUUUUGAACAGCUACGUCAAGUCCAUGCUGGGAACCUACCACCAUCCUUUAGUGAAGGGAGUGGUGGCUCCAGGACCCCUGAAAAAGGGCUUUCUGAUAGAGAGUCUGCUCGCCCUCCCCGACCCAUCCUACAGCGGCAGGAUGACAUCAUUCAAGGUACUGGAGUAACUGGGGCAUGUUUCUGUAUAUGGAGUAGGAAGGGAGGGGGUUGCUAAAUGGAAUCAGAAAGUCCCAGUGAUCCUUUGGAGAUGAUUCCAUUCCUUCCCUUUAUCCCCAAGCUUUGUGUUUUAAAAGAUGAUUUUAAAAGCUACAUUGGGAAAGUCUUCAUCGAUAAUUUGCUCCUUUUUCUCCACUGUCAUGUUUUUGCAGGGCGUUUGAACUGGUGGGUGAGUGUGGACCCCACCUGUCAGAGGCUGCUUCCUUUGGCAACUACUGGAGAUGGGAACUGCCUCCUGCAUGCAGCCUCUCUUGGGAUGUGGGGGUUCCAUGAUCGGGACUUGAUGCUGCGGAAAGCUUUGUAUGCACUGAUGGAGAAGGGAGUCGAGAAGGAAGCGUUGAAAAGGCGCUGGAGAUGGCAGCAAACACAGCAGAAUAAAGAGUCAGGGCUGGUAUACACAGAGGAAGAAUGGCAGAAGGAAUGGAAUGAACUGAUAAAGCUUGCCUCAAGUGAACCCCGAAUGCAUCUAGGUACCAAUGGAACCAACUGUGGUGGGGUGGAGAGUUCAGAGGAGCCUGUAUAUGAGAGCCUAGAAGAGUUCCACGUCUUUGUUCUUGCUCAUGUGCUCAGGAGGCCCAUAGUUGUUGUGGCAGACACCAUGCUGAGGGACUCUGGAGGGGAAGCAUUUGCCCCUAUUCCCUUUGGAGGAAUCUAUCUGCCUUUGGAGGUCCCAGCCAACCAGUGUCACCGCUCCCCUCUGGUGCUUGCCUAUGAUCAGGCCCACUUUUCUGCACUUGUUUCCAUGGAGCAGAAGGAGAAUGCCAAGGAACAAGCUGUGAUCCCACUUACGGAUUCAGAGCAUAAGCUGCUGCCCUUGCACUUUGCUGUGGACCCUGGAAAAGGCUGGGAGUGGGGGAAAGAUGACAAUGACAAUGUCCGAUUGGCCAGUGUAAUUCUGUCCCUAGAGAUCAAAUUGCAUCUGCUGCAUAGCUACAUGAAUGUGAAGUGGAUCCCACUAUCCUCUGAUGCACAGGCUCCUCUGGCUCAGCCUGAGUCCCCCACAGCCUCAGCUGGUGAUGAGCCCCGGUCCACUCCUGAGUCUGGAGACUCAGACAAGGAGUCAGUUGGCAGCAGUUCUACCAGCAAUGAGGGCAGCAGGCGGAAAGAGAAGUCCAAGCGAGAUCGGGAGAAGGACAAAAAGAGAGCAGAUUCUGUGGCUAACAAACUGGGCAGCUUUGGCAAAACCUUGGGCAGCAAGCUCAAGAAAAACAUGGGAGGCCUGAUGCACAGCAAGGGUUCUAAGCCUGGAGGGGUGGGAACAGGGUCAGGGAUUAGCAGUGGCACUGAAACACUGGAGAAGAAGAAGAAAAACUCACUGAAGAGCUGGAAGGGUGGCAAGGAGGAGGCAGCUGGGGAUGGGCCAGUAUCUGAGAAGCCCACAUCUGAGUCUGUUGGCAAUGGAGGGAGCAAGUAUAGCCAGGAGGUGAUGCAAAGCUUGAGCAUUAUGAGGAUUGCAAUGCAAGGGGAGGGGAAGUUUAUUUUUGUUGGAACCCUGAAGAUGGGUCACCGUCACCAAUAUCAGGAGGAGAUGAUCCAGCGCUACCUUUCUGAUGCUGAGGAGAGAUUCCUGGCAGAACAGAAGCAGAAGGAGGCAGAGAGGAAGAUCAUGAAUGGAGGGGUAGGGAGUGGUCCUCCUCCAGCCAAAAAGCCAGAGCCAGAUGGCGGGGAGGAGCAGCUGACUGCCCCCCCAGCAGAGUCUAAGGCAAUGGCAUUCUCUACUGGCUAUCCUGGGGGCUUUACUAUCCCUCGACCUUCUGGGGGUGGAGUCCACUGCCAGGAACCCCGGAGGCAGUUGGCAGGGGGUCCAUGUGGGGGGGGCCUACCACCAUAUGCCACCUUCCCCAGACAGUGCCCUCCUGGGCGACCCUACCCCCACCAGGACAGCGUCUCUCCUCUGGAGCCAGGCAGUCACUCCAAAGAUGGAGUUCACAGGGGUGCGUUGUUACCAUCCUCCUUCCGCGUGGCUGAUUCCUAUAGCAACGGCUACAGAGAGCCCCCUGAGCCAGAUGGAUGGGCUGGAGGUCCCCAGGGGCUUCCCCCAACCCAGACCAAAUGCAAACAACCGAACUGCAGCUUCUAUGGACACCCUGAGACAAACAACUUCUGCUCCUGCUGUUAUAGGGAAGAACUGAGGAGGAGGGAACGUGAACCGGGUGGGGAGCUACUGGUGCACAGGUUCUGAAUGGGUGGAACCUUGGAGGGCAAGGUGGCUAAACAAAGAAGAUUAAGCUCAACUAAUUGGCUCAUCAAGACCCAGCCCCCAUGUUGACGGGACAAAUGCAGUAAUAUUUGUGGGAGCCUGGCUGGAAACUUUUAAGUGUGUGUGCGCUAGAGGGCUGCCAGGCUGGCAAGAGCAGGUCAGGGCUGAACGGCGCCUCAAGGGCUGUACUAUUCCUUUGCAGAGCUUGACUUGAUGGGACUAAGGAGGUACAAGGGGGGAAAGGUGGUGAUUCUGUCUUAUAACCCACCUUGGGUCCUAUCCCAGGACCUAAGGAAAAGUAGUAGGGGAAGGAUUGGGGUGUGUGGGGGGGAGGUGGGCAGAAGUCUGGAGGAGGAAUAGGCAAGGAGAUCCUCAGUAAAAAAAAAAGAAAAAAAUAGACCAAAGUUCUUUAGGUUGGAAAAAAGCACAUGGUGGUAGAAUUGGGAGUGUGGAGGGAAAUUUGGAAAUUGGACAAAUUUGCUAUUGAUUUGAAUUAAGGUAGAAAUUAGGGUUGUAUAAAUUCUUCCUCCUGAGAUCUGGAAAGGCAAGGCAGUGUGCUUAUGGGUGUUUGUUAGGAGGGAGGGGAUAGUUUAAAUCACAGUUUAUUGAGAUGGGAAAGGGAGGAACUUAAAAGGGGAAUCGUUUUCCUCUUGAGUUUUAUUUCCUUCUAAACAGUCAUCUGUCAUCAGUUCUAGUUUGAGAGGAGAUUGCCCCCUAUCUUUUCCUCAUCCUUUCUGAGGGCUGAGCUCAGCUAAGUUAAGAAGGGUUAUGAUUUUUUUAAAAGAGACUUUUAUUUAAAAACAAAAAAGUUCCCUUUGGGAAGGGGAAGAGAGUGAUGAGAAGAGCAGCUGUGUGUGUUGACUUUUCUCCAGAUGAAUUGGUGCAGAGGUGAUCUGUUUUUUAACUACUUAGCAAUAACCAUACGUUGGAGUUUGAGUGCAACUUGGGGAGGGAUGGGGGGAAUGGCAGACAUUUAGCCAGACUGUUUCAAACAAAACCAAAAACCUAAAUAGAGCACUACCAUCCUCUGUGGUAACUGGCUGCUGCAUUUCUGUAGAAAGCAACUUAUUUUAUUGACUAAUUUUUUCUUUA